AUGAAUCUCAUCACUCCCUCCAUCUUCUUCUUCUUCUUCUUUCUCUGCAACUCAUCACCCUCCCAUUCUCCUCAAACCACCGCUUCCACCGACCAACUCGCUCUCCUUCACUUCAAAUCCCUUCUUACCGACCCCACCUACUCUCUCUUCUCAUGGAACUCCUCCCUCCAUUUCUGUCAAUGGGAAGGAGUCAAUUGUAGCAUCACCGGCCGAGUCACAAGACUCAGACUCAUCUCGCUUCAGCUCGCUGGCCCCAUUUCGCCAAGCAUUUGCAAUCUUACCUUCCUCGAAUCGCUUGUGCUUGUCGAUAACAAUCUUAUUGGCGCUAUUCCGACCGAGAUUGACCGACUUUCUAAUCUCGUGAGUCUAAUCCUAAAUUCGAAUUAUCUCACCGGCGAGAUUCCGACGAGUAUUGUUCGUUGUUCGAAACUACAGUUUGUUCAUUUGAGGAGUAAUUUGUUUACAGGGGAAAUCACUAGGGAGAUCGGCUUGAUGUCUAAUUUGCAGGAAAUCAACUUGUCAGAAAACAACAUCACUGGAACAAUUCCCGUUUCCAUGAGUAACAUAUCGUCUCUGAAGUUUAUUGACUUCGCAGAAAAUAUGUUGGUAGGCUCCAUUCCUGAGAGCAUAGGAAGAUUGGCUAAUCUCCAAUUUCUACAAAUGGAAAGAAACAAGUUCACUGGGGAGCUUCCUCCCUCUUUCUUCAACCUCUCAUCACUCUAUGGUGUUUAUUUAGGAUUCAACAACUUGGAAGGAACUCUGCCUUCAUCAAUGUUUGUCACAUUGCCAUAUAUACAGAAUUUCCUGCUGAGCAGCAAUCACUUUCAUGGUUCAAUUCCAGCCUCAGUAGCCAAUGCAUCUCAUCUUAUUGAACUUGACCUCUCAGUAAAUGGAUUCAGUGGAAUCAUACCCUCGAAGCUUGGAAAUUCACAACUUUUAUGGAGGGUGUUGCUUUAUUCAAAUCAUCUAGAAGCUAAUGAGGACAGUGAUUGGGAUUUCAUGGAGUCAUUGGCCAACUGUAGCUUUUUAGUGAUGCUUAAACUGUUUGAUAACAAACUAGGAGGUGUUCUUCCAACUUCUUUAGCAAAUCUUUCUUUUAGGAUUACUGUGCUUUCGAUUGCUCAAAAUCAGAUCGCAGGGAAUCUUCCUGUUGAAAUUGGCAACCUUGUCAAUCUUUUAAUUUUUGAAGCUGAUAACAAUCUCUUGACAGGUUCCUUACCACCCUCCAUUGGUAGGCUUAAGAGCCUGCAUAGGCUGACUUUGCAAGGAAAUAAAUUUAAUGGCCAAAUUCCUGACUCCCUGAGUAAUCUUUUUGAGUUGAAUCAACUUUACUUGCACAACAACAUGUUUGGUGGAAGCUUACCUUCCAGUUUUGGAAAGCUUGAGAACUUGCAGGAGCUGGAUCUAUCUUGGAACAGAUUCAAUGGUGAAAUCCCCAAAGAAGUGCUCAGUCUGCAGUCUCUUUCAGUGCACCUUGACUUGUCAAAUAAUCUGCUUACAGGGAGUUUGCCGGUAGAAAUUGGCAAACUGACAAAUCUGAAUUGGUUUGCAGCUGCCAACAACGAGCUGUCAGGUGAAAUACCAAGUAGUCUUGGAAAUUGCAUGAGCAUAGAAUAUCUAUUUCUACAAGGCAAUUCAUUCCAAGGCGCCAUUCCUCAAUCUUUGAGAUUCUUGAAAGGCCUGCGCGAAUUAGAUCUUUCACGCAACAAUCUUGAUUGGAGUAUUCCAAUGUUUUUUGAGAAUUUCAAGAUGCUUCAGCUUCUGAAUCUAUCAUUCAAUGAAUUGAAAGGUGAAGUACCAGCAAAUGGUGUCUUCAAGAACUCUACUGCAGUGUCACUAUAUGGGAACAAGCAACUGUGCGGAGGUGAUAAUAAGCUCCAUUUGCCAUUAUGUGAUCAUGAGCAUUCUAGGAGUUCAAAUGGAAAAAAACAUCUAAAGCUUGCACUCAAGAUAGUCAUUCCAGUCAUCGGUAUUAUCUUAUGUUUAUCAUUUGGUAUAUUUAUUUUCAUCAUUUUAUGUUGUGCCAAACACAUGCAGAAGAAGCUCUCUUUCAAUCCAGUGGAAGUUCAAUUCAGAAGAACUUCAUAUGCUGAACUUCUAAAAGCAACAAAUCAGUUCUCAUCUUCUAAUUUGAUUGGAGUUGGGGGCUUUGCCUCUGUUUACAAAGGAAUUAUAGAACCUGGUGAAACCAUUGUUGCUGUGAAGGUAUUGAAUCUAGAGCGAGAAGGUGCAUUAAAGAGUUUCAUGGCAGAAUGCGAAGCAUUAAGAGAUAUUCGGCAUCGAAAUCUUGUGAAGAUAUUGACAGUUUGCUCAUCUAUAGAUUUUCGUGGGAAUAGUUUCAUAGCAUUAGUACUUCAGUACAUGCCUAAUGGAAGCUUGGACCAGUGGCUUCAUCAAGGGGGAUAUUUUACUAAAACAGAUAAGUUAAGCUUCCUCCAAAGAUUGAGCAUAGCAGUUGAUGUGGCUUCUACACUUGAUUAUCUGCAUAAUCUUGGCCAUGCACCUAUUGUGCAUUGCGAUUUGAAGCCGAGCAAUGUCCUUCUAGAUGAGGAAAUGAGGGCUCAUUUGGGUGAUUUUGGGUUAGCUAAGAUCCUUCUUGACAUAGAUGACAAUCAAGCUGCAUCGAUUGGGAUAAAAGGGACCAUUGGAUAUGUUCCUCCAGAAUAUGGAAUGGGAAGUAAAUCUUCUCCUCAAGGAGAUGUAUACAGCUAUGGAAUAAUGUUGCUUGAGCUGUUCACAGGAAGAAGGCCAACAGAUGAAAUAUUUAAGCAUGAUCUAAGUCUAAGGGAUUAUGCAGAGAGCUCAGAUAUUGAUAAUCUCAUGGAGAUCAUUGAUCCAUGCCUUAUAUCAGAAGCUCAAAACAGAGUUCAGGACAGCAGGUUUGAUAUGCUUGAGGAACUCAAAUGCUUAGAUUCAGUUAUAAAAAUAGGUCUUUUAUGUUCUUUGGAUGAUCCAAAGCAACGUAUGAAAGUAGUUGAUGUGAUAAAUCAACUGAAUAGGGAGGGUUGCUUUAAACUUAAUACUGAUGGGUCCAUGAAUAAUCUGAAUGCGGGCUGUGGUGGCGUUAUUAGGGAUUUUAAUGGUUUUGUCAUUAUGGCUUUUGCGGGCCCUUCGAAUGCUACUAGCGCCAUUCAAGCUGAAAUCGAGGCUCUUUUAUUUGGGAUCCAAUCUUGUAUUUCUCUUGGGAUUAUUAAUAUUUGGAUUGAAGUUUACGCUUUGCUUUUAAUUCAUUAUCUUGAGAGAAUUUCUUCUUCCAACCCUGCUUACUUUUAUAUGUUGAGGGAUAUCAAAAUUUUUGUUUCUGCUUUGGCUGAUGGCUCCUUUGUUUCGAGAUCUCAUUCUAUUGGCUGGAAUCAUUUUCUGCUGUGGUUUUCGUUGUCUGUUCUUGUGGGGUUGUGCGAUCUCGGUGAAAUGCUGGUCUGUUUGGUCCUCCUUGCUGCUCCUUCCUGGUUUCUGUUUCACUUUUGGAUUAUGGCUGGCCUGUUUUGCAGGUUUUUGGAGGCUAGUUCUCAUUGUGCAGGACCAAUUUUUGCUUGGGAAGAUUGUGCUGAUUGA